GAUGGAGAGAGUUUACGAUGAGAGUGGGGAAAAAGAUUGCUGAUGUCACUUUCAAGGUCGGAAAGACCAUCGAUUGGGAAGGCAUGGCUAAGCUUAUCGUAUCCGAUGAGGCUGGUAAGGAAUUCGCUAAUCUCAGACGUGCCUUCGAUGAAGUUAAUACAUCUCUUCAAACAAAGUUCAGUCAGGAGCCAGAACCUGUUGACUGGGAGUAUUAUAGGAAAGGAAUUGGCUCACGUUUGGUUGAUAUGUACAAAGAGGCCUACGAUAGCAUCGAAAUUCCAAAGUAUGUGGACAAUGUCACUCCUCAGUAUAAACCCAAAUUUGAUGCCCUGUUAGUGGAACUGAAACAAGCAGAGCAAGAUUCGCUGAAGGAAUCGGAGAGACUAGAGAAAGAAGUCAUUGAAGUUCAAGAGUUGAAGAAAAAGAUAAGCACCAUGACAGCAGAUGAAUACCUUGAGAAGCACCCUGAAAUGAAGAAGAAAUUUGAUGAUGAGAUCCGAAAUGAUUACUGGGGUUUCUGAUGCAUUCAUUGAAACGCCCUAUUUUAUUCUCUUCGUUCUUCUACAAUAACAAAUGAAAAAAGCCACUUGUUUUGCCUGACCCGACGACCCCCUCAGAGGUCAAAGUUUAUAUGCAGUGCUGCACUCCUGCCCUUUUUGUGAGUUCUUGUGUACUCUGUUACAAAAAACUAAUGUUGUAAAUGAAUGAGAAUUUGUUUGAUUGAUUUUGGCACAA